AUGGCUUGUGCUGGCUCAUCCAAGACCCCAAGCAGACCACGUACAAGGGAGAUAAUUGACCCUACGAUCCUUGGUCCCUGUGUUCAGCUUACCCUUUGCUUGAGGCCAACCGCUCAGCUAUUGAAUCCAUCAGACGUGAAACUUUCACGUACGGGUCCUCAGACGUUCACAGGAUCCGACAACGGGCUUCCACCGAUCCUUAUCUUUCUCUAUGGUGGCGGACUAGUUCAUGGAGCACGCUCGUCCUCGCCUGCUAACCUCGUACACAACGACCCUUGCGCUUUCUUUGCAUCCAUUCUGGUCGUGAUUCCAGACUAUCGUCCCGCUCCUGAGAUCACCUUUCCUCGGGGCUCAGAAGAUACGAUCGGAAGUGUUGCUGAGGGUGACUCAAACCGUGUGUUUCUUCUCGGUCACUCUGCGGGUGGUUUGCACUUGGCCUCUUAUUUGCUCCUGCCCUCUCUAUUCCUAUCUUCUUCUGCAUUCGGCUGUGUUGCGGUAAAUCAUCCGCUGAGCUUGCUUCGUCGGGCAGAUGACUCACACAUCCUUUCGCUCCCUCCGACCCGGAAUGUCAUGGCGGGAAGCGAAACACGUACGAUAUCGGUUUCGAUCCAAACAUCUGCUCGGGAAUUCAAGAGCAGGGGAAGUACUAUCGCGGAAUUCGUUCUUGAAGGUCAUAAGCAUUUGAGUCCCAUCUUGGCCCUUAGCUCGGGUAGUGGUGAAGAUUGGGGUCACAAUAUUGUGAGAUGGAUCAUCGGGUAA